AUGGAUAUUUCUGCAAUCUUAUCAGUGAUUUGCGAAGCUGCUCCAUUUACAGCAGCUGCUGCUGAUGCAAAGACAGUUCGGUCAGACAUCAGAAACGAGUGGGCACAUUGCAACUUUGCAAACUGGACUGAAGCCAAAUUUACCGCCGCUUUUCUUUGUAUUGAAACUUUACUGAAGAAUGUGAACUUUCCACCUGAAGAGGAACAACAAAUUUACGACGAUCUGAACACCUGGCGAGAUAAAGGAUUGCAGUUGUGUUUUACUCAACCUGUUGAUAUCGACACAUCGACUUUACUCAAAGAGAGUGUUGAUGAACUUCGUUUAUCUGUGCAGACUUUGAAUUUAGAGAAGGAACAGAUCUCUACAGUACUUCUGAAUAUCAACAAGAUACAAUCAAAAUUGGAGAAGGAAAUUGGCGACCUGCUUGAAAAAGUCGAUAAUAUUGAAAUUCAAGCAAAUAAUAAUUAUAGAGAAAUAGAGCUUCUCAAGGAAGAACGAUCUUUUGGUCAACUUGUAAUGUAUAUUACGGAAAAAGAGAAGCUGCCUUACGUCUUUAGUGCACCGACACGAAAUCGUUAUUUUGUUGGUCGGAUUGACGAAAUCGAAGAGCUUAAACGCAUUUUGAAAGUCGAAGAAACGUCGAACGAAAAAAAAGUCCGUGUCGCAGCGGUUUGUGGAUUGGGUGGCAUUGGUAAAACAAGCCUGGUUACCGAGUAUGCUCAUCAGAUGAAGGAUUUCUACAAGGGAGGUGUUUACUGGUUCUCUGCUGAAGACGAUACGUUUCUUGACAAGUCAGUGAAUGACAUUGCAUCCAAAAUUGUUGCUGUCUCUGAUAAUUCAUUUAAUUCGAAUUUGGCAUUUAUCCUGGGCAAAAUUAGCAUAACCAACGACCCAUGUCUUAUUGUGCUCGAUUGCUUGGAUCAACUUGAACUUUCAUCCAACAUGAUGGAAUUUCUUUCCUUCCCUUCGCACGCAAGUAUCUGUGGACACUUUGUCGUGAUUACCAGGCGAAAUCCAGAGCGACUUCUGAAUGAAGUUUCGGUUUUUGACGAUCAGUCUUAUCUUCAAAUGAAAUGUUUUCAAUCUGAAGAAGCCAAGCAAUUUCUUUUCUUCAGAUCUUGCAUAACUUGUGAUGAAAACGUUGACAGUGAUGCUGAAUAUCUUUGCGAGGAGCUGGGAAGAUUGCCACUUGCUUUGGAACAAGUCGGAGCUUAUAUUAAUAUGCUUAAGUGUAGUUUUUCUUCAUACUUGGAGCAAUAUAAAGCAGAACGCUUGCGACUCCUGGAACAACACAAAGGGCGACAAGUAGCACCAGGUAAAGAGGCAAAGGAACGUCUUGCUGUCCACACAACAUGGCGAAUCAACAUGGAGCAUAUAAAAGAAAGUCCGAAUGGUGAGGAAGCUGUGCGAUUUUUGAAUGCUUGUACGUUUUUCAACCCAAACGAGAUUGAGGAAGAAUUGAUCAACGUUGGAAAGCCUGAAGUGGAAGGCACCUCGUAUCGUAAAUGUGUGUCAUCGCCAUUGGGUAGCCGUCAGAUUCUGAAAUUAUUGACUGACUUUUCACUAUUCAAGUAUGUCGAUGCACACUCUAGAUCUGUCGCUACCCAUCGCUUGGUCCAGGAAUUGGUCAAAGAAAGCCUGGAUCUUGGCUCGAAAGCAAAGAGUUUCACUGAUGCUUUGCGGAUGCUUUCUUAUGCAUUCACCAAAUGUCCUUCACCCAGUGAUUUUGUGGAGGUGGACGAAGAAAAUGACGAGGAGCAAUACUUAGCAAUUUCUGAAUUACAAAAGAACUCUUCCCAAUUCUACAUGUGGUCUAAAUUUUGUAUGCAUGGCCAUCAUCUUCGCAGAAGUAUGGAGGAUUUGUUACAAUCUCCGAUGCACUCCGUUUGUCUCGAUUCACUAUGGUUUCCUGAAACAGCAAAAAUGUUUUACGAAUGUGCUGUUCAUUCAAGUGCAAAUCAUAAACAGAAUGAAGCUAAACGCACUUUGAACUUUACCUACCGUAUAUUAGACUGGCUGCCGUCAAACGACUGUGCGACAAUAGAACGCGAUAUUUCAAAUAAUUCGUUGUUUCCUCUUCGUAUUCCUUUACCAAAGCAUUUGCAAGCCGAGAUCAAACAGUUUUGUACGCCCCCUUCUGUUGUUAGCGAAGUUCUGACUGAGUUACCUGGUCCAAAAAAUGUUGAUCUUGAUAAAUCGAAAGAGCUGCAAAAUAACAAACAGGAUGUUCGCUCAGACGACUCAUGUGAAACAUAUUCUUCAGUAAACGAUUCGGCACAAAAAUGGGAAAAUUUCUCGUCAGAGGAUGCGAAAGAUAACGUAACACCUCUGUCACCUCGUCCUGAUUGUUGGAAAGGUUAUGCUGAAAAGGCUUUGGCACUUAAACGCUCGGGAAAUGAAGUCAGUGCUGAAAUAGCUGCUGCUUUAGCUUUUUAUCACAAUAGGAAUAUUUUUUCCGACUAUUCUUUAUUAAACGACUCUUUCUUGGACCUGCAGAAUCGUAUUUUUAUCUGCGAUUCUGUUCAUGAUCUGCGAAAAGCGAUUUAUUCGCAUGAACUACAACAAGAUGAUGUGUUAAAAUUUCUUCUUCUGGAAUCACAGGAGUAUAUCCUAAAUGUUGCAACAUUCGCCAAGCCGUGGAACAACUGCGUCCUUGUUGGAACAGCAAAAAGUUGUUCUGUUUCCCUGAAAUUAGAUGGCAGCAUUGACUUGUUAAAAUGCAUGCUGGUAAAUCUGUCAUUUCAUUUUGAUAAAGGUCAAUUGAAUUGUUUGCCUGAGUCGUUCGUUAAAUUGCUUGGCUGUAACUUCACUUCUGAUGGUGUAAACACGGACACCGUAACAACUCGGGGUGAUUUCAAUGCAGAAAAAUGCAAUUUUGAAUACAGUGAAGGCGGUGGUCUUUCAUGUUUCGGAAAAGGAAUCGUCGUUGUCGCUGAAUGUUCCUUUCGUUUCAAUAGAAAUGAGGGAAUAACAGUGAAAAGGGACGUGAAUCUGUCAACAUUGGAAACCGCGGAUGCAUCGACUUUUAGUGCGGUUGAUUGUGAUAUUCACCAUAAUUGGCUGGAUGGGAUGUUGAUCUUUGACUGCGAGAAUGUUUCGCUGAUACGCAAUAACAUUUUUUCUAAUGGCCAUAGCGGAGUAUAUACGAGCAAUUCUACGCCGGAAAUAAGAGAAAACAAUAUUUUUGAUAACGAUUCGUGGGGAAUUUUCUCUGGACAGAGUUCAGGUUGCCAUAUAUCAACGAACCGAGUUUUUCGCAAUAAAAAUGGGGGGAUUAGUAUGAGAAAUCGAGGUUCCACAAAGAAGUUUGUUCCAUGGGUCGUUGAAAUGAAUGAAAUUUAUGAUAAUGGUGGCCCUGGAUUUUUGGGCAAUAUAAAUAAAUUUCCAAUAAUGUUCACAAAAGAUGAAUAUUUAAGGAAUGCAAACAAAUAUAAAGAUAACAAAGUCUGGAAUAAUUUGGAAAGGGAAAUCGUUGAUCAUUUAGACAUUUCGGUUUCGUAUUGUUCCCAUUGUCAUAUGAAUUGCCCACUUUACAAGUGUGAAAAGUGCUUUACGGCUGCGUAUUGCAGCUUAACUUGUAGAAAAAAACAUUUGUCAAAGCACAAGAAGGUAUGUAAAGUUUUACGAGAGAAGUCAAGUUAUUUGAUCGCUUCCUUGGGGGGGGCUGUUUCCAAAGAUGUUAUUGCAGCCAUUGAUGGUCUAAAAGAAAUUGGUCCAAUAUUCAGUUCAGCCCCACCACGAGAUGGAACGAAGUUUGUUGUUAAAGUCAUGAACGUAUUUACAAGUGAUAAACACAGGGGAAAAAAGGGAGAAAGAACCCUCGUGCUGUACGAUCGUUCCCUUAAACUUUCGCUCACGUUUAGUUCCAUUGUCAUGACUGAGCUUGUUAAAGAAUUUGGCGUUCUAUGCGAGAAAAAAGUUUCAGAGAAAAAACUUUUUCUCUAUUGCCAGUUUGAAGGCAAAGCAGGGCUUCGACUAUUCACAAAUGAAUUUGCUGAGUUUCAAAAGUGGUAA